UUGCUUAUUAUUCCAGUUGUCCAGUAUCCAGUUUAUUUUAUUUUAUUUGAACAGUGUCUCUUCUUUGUUUUAAAAUAUCAAUGUCAUCAAAUCUUUAUUUCCAAUGUUAAUCAGUCCAAAACACCAAUAAUUCCAGAGGUAGUAUCCUCCUAUAUUCUUACUCUUUGAUUAUAAUAUAUUCCAACUUCCAGGGGUCUUAUUAUAAUGUCUUUUAUUCCUUUUUUAAAUUACUUCUUUUAAUAAAGUUGUUAGUUGAAAGGGUUCUACAGGAUUUUUCUUUCAUCAGCAAGUGGCGCUUUUAAUCCUGUUCCACAGCCACUCUUUUUCCGUUUCUUUAUUUAGCUUCACCAAUUUCAAAAACCAAAUAUUACUCCUCUAUAGAACAAUUACUUCCAGCAUUCAGAUUAAUGCCUUUUAAUGCCAAAUCUUGCCUGAUUGCCAAUUCCAAAUUAAUGUUCUUUUAGAUUAAUUCAUUUUCAAAUUUUAAGUUUUUAAAAAAACUUUAAAGCUCUUUAUAUUUCCAAAUUCUUCUUCUAUCCACUGCUAGCACAAUUCUUUAUUCUUUUCUGUUAUAGUUUUUGGGGUAGUUAAAAAUAAUAUAGAUUCUUCUCACCCUUCUCCGAACACUGUUCCCAGUCUCCACUCCAGCGCUGGGCUUAGAUGUUCUUCGGCUGUCCCAACUUUGUAGCAUCCAUCUUGGCCUGCUCUUCUCUCCAUCGUGGCAUAGAGAACAAGUUUGGGGUUUUUACAGGGGAGUUGCGUUCUCCCCCAGAACCUCACCAAGCACUUCUCCUUAGCUUCGCCGCCCCUCCAAGGCGGCUUUUGGCUCCGUUAGGAGCCCACAAACGGUGAGAAGCCAGCGCAGGAACGGAGACCUUCGUUCACUGCUUGUGGUCUUGUCAUGAUGUCAGCCGGAAGUCUGGCCAGGCUGAGCUUGAGGGAACUGAAGAGAUGGGAUGGAUGCCCAAAGAGGCUGCCCCAGACCCUGAGGGGGCUUCCUUUGCCCUCUUCUGUGGCUACUGGGCAACCCCCUCUUUUGCAAGAAGCCAUUUAAUUGGAGGAGGGCUUCAGAGCACUCUAUUCCCUGGGGGAGGGGCUGAGAAAUGCACCUCCCAAGAAGGAGCCAAUGAACAGCUUUCACUUCCAGGUUCAGCAAAGGGGGAAGAGGGACUGAAAAGCCCCAUGGCAACCUCAGGCGAAAAGACGGCCUUGAGGGAGCUGAACCAGGAGGCCACCUGCCCGCUCUGCCUGGACUUCUUCAAGCAGCCGAUGGGCCUCUCCUGUGGGCACAGCUUCUGCCGCGACUGCCUGGCCCAGGUGGGUGCUGAGGCUUCCUGCCCCCAGUGCAGAGCCAAGGUGGAGCCCAGCAGCGCCUGCCCCAACUGGUCCCUGGCCAAUAUGGUUUGUCUGGUGAAGAGGCUUCGGCUGCCAGAGGGAGCCCAGGAGGAGAGCAGCGGCCAACAGCUGUGCCAGCAACACAGGCAGCCUCUGCAGAUCUUCUGCUCCAGCGAGAAGAGCCUCCUCUGCCCCGGCUGCCUGGGGAAGCACCAGGGCCACCCUCUCCUCUCUCUGCCCGAGGCUGCCCAGGAGUACAAGGACUUGCUGGAUGGCCUCCUGGAAUCCCUUAGGAAGGAGAAGCAGACGCUGCUGCAUCAGAGGCAGACCGUGGAGCAGAGCCGGCAGGAAUGCCAGGAGCAAUUUGCCACUGAAAAGCAGCAGGUGGGCCUGGCGCUGGAGUCCCUGCAGGAGCUGCUCCGGGAGAGUCAGCCGGUCUGGCUGGGCUGGCUAGCCAAACAGGAGGAGAAGAUGGAGGCCGAGUGGGGGGUCGCCCUGGCCCAGCUCUCCGGGGAAGCCUCCGGCCUGCAGCAGCUGAUGGACCAGGCGAAGAGAAAGUACCACCAGCCAGACGGGGAAUUCUUGCAGGACAUCCAGGACACCAUAGACAGGUGCCAGAGUUACCUGCUAGGGCACGUAGAGAGCGCCUCUCCCAGGCUGCAAGGCAGACUCCAGACUCUCUUGGAGAAAAACGCUUCUGUAAGGCGGAUUGUGGACAGUUACAAAG